UAUCAUCAGUGUUUAUAAAGUGCUUUAUAAAGAAAUCCGAGCACCAUGUCCAAGGAGCACUGGAUGCGGGAUCUCCCGAGUGAACUGCGCGACCUGUCCAUCAUCAAUCUGGCUAUUCCAGGUUCCCACAACUCAAUGACUUAUGGCAUUAAUAGCAAGUCCAAACUAUCGCCCGAUGCGGAACCAGCCAUCCGGCGAUGGCACCGCUUCUUUCCCUGCUUCGUCCGCCGUUGGAGCAAGACGCAAAGCUCCGGAACUCUGGAGCAACUGCAGUUGGGAGUGCGCUACUUCGAUCUGAGGAUUGCCCAGAGGGAGGAGAAGUUCUACUACUGCCAUGGCCUUUUUGCCAUGGAGAUUUUCGAGCCACUUGAGGAGAUUCGUCAGUUCGUGGACUCGCAUCCCGAGGAGUUGGUCGUCCUGGACCUGCAGCAUUUCUACGCUUUGUCGGUGGCCCAUCAUCAGCAGCUACAUAAAGACCUAAUCCAAUUCUUCGGCCACCGACUUUACUCCACCGCCGAUGGUUCUCUCAAGGAUUGCACUCUGAAUCGCUGCCGGGAGCUUCAACGCAACCUGGUGAUCAUCUACAGGCGGUGUCCCAUUCCCUUGCCAUUGCGUUUCUGGCCCAGUUACACUUGGCCCACACCAUGGCCAAAUAAAGCGAGUGUCAAGCAGCUGCAAUCCUUUCUGGAGGACUCUCUAUUGUCGCGACAACCCCAACAGGGAUACGUUUCCCAGUGCCUCAUCACGCCCACUGGUCGCUACAUUGCCUUCCGGCUCUUCUUCACCCUGAAAAGCACAGCCAAGCGGGUGGACAAGAAGCUCCAGCCGUGGAUUCAGGAGCAGAUUCCGGGCCCCUUCGAGUCUAAAGAGGAUCCUACAGUAAAUGUAUUCCUGGCCGACUUUGUAAACCUCAAGGACGGGCAGUUCUGCGAUUGGGUGGUGGAGCUAAACACAAAGUUACAGGCGCGAGUGGCUGAGAAUCAAGAAAAUAAUUCCACUUGA